UCUCGUGCUUAGUACGAGAACCGAAAGGACCUCGACGGUGAACGUAGUUGCAGAGAGUCAGAGAACUACAAAUGAAAAGCAAGAGACGGACGGUUAAGCCUCGGCCUGUGAAAAGCUCCAGACUUUUCUUUAGGGCACCGCCCCAGCUCUUCACUCAGGAUGAGCAUGAUGAUGAUGAUGAUGAGGAUUUGAGUUCGGGGUUCAGCAAAGAACAGUGCUUGUUGAAGAAUCUAUAUGGAGUUCGAUAGGUUAGAAGUAGAUAAUUGUGUUAGGUGUAAUGGUGGUAGUGGGAACAUGAAAUUGUUGGUUUGUACUGAGAUGGGUUGCCCAAUUGCUCUGCAUGUGGAGUGUAUGUGUGCUAAACCUGUGUUUGAUGAAAUGGGCAAUUUUUACUGUCCUUAUUGUGCAUAUAAGCUGAAGUUUGUGCGGACUCAGAAGCUGAGGAGAAAGGCAAUGACUUCCAAGAGAGUCCUGUCCAAGUUUAUUGAUGCCGGAGAGGGAAAUGGUUGCGGCUAUGGUGAUGGGCAGGGUGGUGGUGAAGUUCGGGAUCAGACUCUGGGGAUUGAAGGAGGUGAACCCGAGCAAGGGGACAAUGAGCCGAGGAGGGAGAUUGAAAAUGUAGGAGGUGGAGAAAGAAUAGAUGAGGACCAGCAGGAGGGGGAAGUUGUUGAAGAGACACCUGAAGUGGAUGCAGAGCCUGAGAAUGCUUGUUAUGUACAAGAAAAGACAAAUAAGGACCACGGACAUGAUGGAUUAGACCAAGGAGAUGAGGAAGGUAUAAGGGUGUCUAAGGAGAAUGAAGACAAAAGUGACGAUGAAGAACAAAGGCAACCAGAAGCAAACGAGGUACCUGCAAAUGGCACUGUUGUGUCCGAAUCUGAGGAGUUAGAUACUGGGUCUCCUCUAGUGCGGAAGAAGCGUUUCAAGAGAAAAGCUCAAAAGGCAGAACAGCCUCAGAAUUUAGCUUCAUUAAGGACAGUGCCUUCUCCAUCAAGGGAAUCAUCCUCUUGUCAAACAAGUUUUGUGGAGGAUUCCAAAAAGCAAAAUGAGAAAGCUAAAACCUUUUCCAAGAAGGAAAUAGAAGAUCACGAAUUUGCAAGAAACUUGGUACUUCCCAAUGGGAAGCGCAAGAAAUUAAACUGGACAGGCGAAGAGGUAGAAAUGUUAAAGGAGGGAGUGAGAAUUUAUAAAGCAAAAGGCAAAAAGAUCCCCUGGACGCAAAUUUUGGAAUUUGGUCAUAACGUAUUUCACAUAACCCGUCUUCCAGCCGAUCUUAAGGAUAAAUGGAGGAACUUGAUUGGGCGAAGGUGAACUCCACUUUGGACUCAAAGAAAGCAGAUAACGACAGUGUGGUUGACUAAUGCAUGACAUCUCAGCUAAAAAAAAGUUCAUCCACACUGUUUAAGACGCAGGCAUUGUCAUGGAGUAAUUCAAAACUGCUUCAGCCAUGAAGAAUUUUUUUUUUUAAGAACCACAUUUUGCACUGUAUUUUUUGUAAAGCUUUAUAAAAGGGUGUAUCUGUAACAUCAGUUGCAUGCUGAACUUUCAAAUAUCAAGUUUUGGGCCCAACUUACAUUUUUCUCUAAAAUGGG